GAAGAUGCCCUGUCUAAACUGGAGCCAUGUAUGAGCGACCAAAAGUGCUGUGAGCCAGGCACUGUUUUCGACGAGACUGACACAUGCCCUUCUACGUGUGAGGAUCUUCGCAUAGCUGCCAUGAAGUCAGCUGAGAGGAAGUCUGUACCUCGUCGGACCUGCGCUCAAAAUAAGUGCGUCUGUGCCGAGGGCUUCCUGAGGGAACCAAGAAGCAACGGAACUUGCGUCUCUACGGCGAGGUGUUUUGACUGCAGACUGACGAAUGGGACCAUCGUUCUGGUAGGCUUGAGUUAG